GAGAGAGAGAGAGAUGAAAUUGAAUGGGAAGGGAUUUUUGAUCAUAUUUUUGGUCAUACAAUGUGUUACAAUUCUAACCGUUGCUAAAGAUUUUGAUUUCUUUUACUUUGUUCAACAGUGGCCAGCAUCUUAUUGUGAUUCAAGACGGGGUUGUUGCUACCCGAAAACCGGGAAGCCAGCAGAAGAUUUCAGCAUCCACGGGCUUUGGCCUAAUUAUAACGACGGUACCUAUCCAUCAAAUUGCGAUUCCACCAACUCGUUUGAUGAUUCAAAGGUUUCGGAUCUUGAAAGCGUCUUACAAAAGGAAUGGCCAACACUUGCGUGCCCAAGUGGCGACGGCUUGAAAUUUUGGCGUCACGAAUGGGAGAAACACGGGACUUGUGCGGAAUCUAUUUUCGACGAGCGUGGUUACUUCGAGGCCGCACUUUCUCUCAAGAAAAAGGCGAACCUUCUUCGGGCUCUCGAGCAUGCAGGAAUUAGACCUGCUGACGGAAAAUUCCACAAAAUGGAGCAAAUCAAAGAUGCAAUUACAAAGGGUGUGGGUUAUGCCCCAUAUAUAGAGUGCAAUGUGGACUCCUCAGGGUACCACCAAGUAUACCAAGUGUACCAGUGUGUCGAUGCAUCGGCUACCAAUUUCAUCGAAUGCCCGGUUUUCCCUCAUGGACGAGCUUGCGGGAAUAAAGUCGAGUUUCCUUCGUUUUCGUCUGCUUCGAGUCGGGACGAACUUUAAAAUCCUUUCGGUUACAUCAAUUAUGUAUCAAAUACCUUCGGUUCCAUAAUUAAGCAUGAUGAAUGAUUGAU